GGCGGCGCAGUCAGAGGGCGGCGCUAGGACCCGCAGGCCGCCCCGCCGGCUCCCGGGAGGUUGAUAAAGCGGCGGCGGCGUUUGACGUCAGUGGGGAGUUAAUUUUAAAUCGGUACAAGAUGGCGGAGGGGGACGAGGCAGCGCGAAGGCAGCCGCAGCAGGGGCUGAGGCACCGGCGACAGACUAGCGACUCGAGCGUCGGGGUUAACCACGUCUCGUCCACGACCUCCCUAGGUGAGGAUUAUGAAGAUGAUGACCUAGUAAACUCAGAUGAGGUUAUGAAGAAACCAUGCCCAGUGCAGAUUGUUCUUGCCCAUGAAGAUGACCAUAACUUUGAGCUUGAUGAAGAGGCUUUGGAGCAGAUAUUGCUACAGGAACACAUACGAGAUCUUAACAUAGUCGUGGUAUCUGUGGCAGGAGCUUUUCGUAAAGGGAAAUCAUUUCUCCUGGACUUCAUGCUUAGAUAUAUGUAUAACAAGGACUCUCAGAGCUGGAUUGGUGGGAACAAUGAACCACUGACUGGCUUUACGUGGCGAGGAGGUUGCGAAAGAGAAACAACAGGCAUACAAGUUUGGAAUGAAGUGUUUGUGAUUGACAGACCUAAUGGAACAAAAGUGGCUGUGCUGCUAAUGGAUACCCAGGGUGCCUUUGAUAGCCAGUCAACCAUUAAAGACUGUGCAACAGUGUUUGCUCUGAGCACUAUGACGAGCUCUGUCCAGGUAUAUAAUUUGUCUCAGAAUAUUCAAGAAGAUGAUCUUCAACACCUACAAUUAUUUACAGAGUAUGGAAGACUUGCAAUGGAAGAGAUCUACCAGAAGCCAUUUCAGACGCUAAUGUUUUUGAUUCGAGAUUGGAGUUAUCCUUAUGAACAUUCAUAUGGCUUGGAAGGUGGGAAGCAGUUCCUUGAAAAGAGACUGCAGGUAAAACAGAACCAGCAUGAAGAGCUACAGAAUGUCAGGAAGCACAUUCAUAAUUGUUUCUCAAAUCUCGGUUGCUUCCUUUUACCACAUCCUGGACUUAAAGUUGCCACAAACCCUAGUUUUGAUGGACGACUGAAAGAUAUCGAUGAGGAUUUUAAACGAGAGCUUCGGAAUCUGGUUCCAUUGCUGCUUGCUCCUGAAAAUCUUGUUGAGAAAGAGAUAAGUGGAUCUAAAGUCACUUGUAGAGACCUUGUAGAGUAUUUUAAGGCAUACAUUAAAAUAUAUCAAGGAGAGGAACUACCACAUCCAAAGUCUAUGCUUCAGGCAACAGCUGAGGCUAAUAACCUUGCAGCAGUAGCAGGAGCAAGAGAUGUCUAUUGUAAAAGUAUGGAGCAGGUAUGCGGUGGUGAUAAGCCGUACAUUGCACCUUCAGAUUUGGAACGAAAACACUUGGAUCUCAAGGAAGUGGCGCUCAAACAGUUUCGUUCUGUGAAAAAAAUGGGUGGAGAUGAAUUCUGCCGCCGUUAUCAGGACCAGCUUGAAGCUGAAAUUGAAGAAACCUAUGCAAAUUUUAUAAAGCACAACGAUGGCAAAAAUAUCUUCUAUGCUGCUCGUACCCCGGCCACACUGUUUGCAGUCAUGUUUGCUAUGUACAUCGUCUCAGGACUGACGGGCUUCAUCGGCCUAAACUCUAUAGCUGUCUUAUGCAACCUUGUCAUGGGGCUAGCACUGACGUCCCUCUGUACGUGGGCAUAUGUUAAGUACUCUGGGGAGUUCAGAGAAAUUGGAACAAUGAUUGAUCAGAUUGCUGAAACACUAUGGGAACAGGUAUUGAAGCCCCUGGGUGAUAAUUUGAUGGAGGAAAACAUAAGGCAGUCUGUAACAAACUCUAUCAAAGCAGGCCUGACUGACCAGGUGUCUCAUCAUGCCCGAUUAAAGACAGACUGACAGUUCAUCUCCUCAUGGACUCCACUCUCCCUUGUUCAUGCUUGCUGUACAAUGAGAACUCAGAUAAAAUAAACCAAAGUUUACAAUCAACUGUAGAAGUAGUUUAGUGUAACUGGCUUCACAGAUGGCUGCCACAGAGUGUGAGCAUUGUGUGUUGGUUUCGGCCUUCUCUCCAUGUCUCCUUAGACGGGCGAUCGGCUGAGGAGCACUGGCUCAUCAUGCACACUGGGCCAGGUUUAAUUCUUUUCUUUCUUUUUACCGAAUUUAAUGUUAGUGAAAUUUGUCUUAUGUAAAAGGAUAUUUCAGGGAAAUAUUUUAAGAAAUCUAUUUAGAGUCUCUUUAAUAUAGCGUCCCAUUGAAAUUUUAAUUUUUAGAGAAUUUAUGAAUCACUGUAUCAAGAAUCAGAUCAGAAUGACAAUGAAGCCUUUAUUGAGCCACUACAUUAAAAGUGUAUAUUGCUUUACUGCCUUCAAUGCCAGUAUUACAUAAAUGCAUGUAUCAGAAACUUCACAGAAAUCACAUGACAACUCUUGUAGCUGGGAAGGUAACUCUGAGGUGUACGUUUGUCUGAGGUGUACAUCUGUCUUGCCUUUUUACAUUUGUAAACCUGCCCUGAAAGGAGAUGCAUUGUCUGGGAAGCUGAACUAUCUUUUUGCAGUUUAGCCUUCAUGUACAUAAAAUAUGCCAUUAAUUUUAUUGGGGGAGAAAUUCCAUCCAAAAAUGUUGCCUACAGCUAUGAGUUAAGAGUGUCUGUACAGUGUGUAGCUUUUAUUUUCUAAAAAUUACAGGUAGGGCAUGUAUAUGAAUUAUAAAUAUAUAAAUACAAUUUUGUAUUAAAAGUUUUGUAGUUUAUGGCAAAAUCUGGUUCUGUGGUAGGCUAAAAAGUACAGUCCUGUGAAAGGAAUGUUUGUGGCUCAUGUCAGUGUGUGAAUGCAUAGACAAUUUGAAGUUUUGAUAUAUUUGUGAUAUUUAUCUUCCUCGAGCACUGCAAUCUCACCCCCAAGAGAAUUCAAUGGGAAUGUUUUAUUGUGACUUGUCCUCUGUUGCAUUUUAAAGUUAUUUCCUGUAAUUUAUUUUCAGUACAUAAUUAAAAAUUUGUUGUAUAUAUAAAAUGAAAGUUGUGAUUCUUUUUUAAGGAAUUCCUUCAAGUGUGUAUCUCACCAUAUAACUCAUGUUGGUUCAUGCUGAACAGAGUGGGUUAGGGUGCACCGAGUUAGAGCUCAAGGUAUUGUACUUUAAAGCUGAGUGUGUAAGCAGUUGUUCUUCUGUGUCUGUAUAUGUAAGGGAUAUUUUUUGUGAUAGCCUAUCUGGGGAUUUAUUAAUUUUAAUCUUCUCUCCAUCUCUAUCCGACCCUCGUGUGUGAAUGUGUGUGUGUGUGUGUGUGAGAGAGAGAGAGAGAGAGGGAGAGAAUGUGUGUGUGUGUGUUAUAUGUAAAGCUGCCCCUACCCCUUUUUCAGUACUUAUGACCUCCUUUACAGAGAUGUGUUACGUCACUCCUGUGUGGUGUUUAAGAGAACGCAGAUGUCAAGUCACGUGCAUGAAAGAGCUGAGUUUGGUUGGUUGGUGUAGCUUUCCUUCCACUCCAACCCAGUCCUGCUUUAUAUGGAUUGCAUUUGUUUUCAUCUGUAGUAAACAGCUGCCUUCUCAUCUGUUCCUGUACAGAAAGAAUCCAUCCAAAAGUUUUAUUUCUCUGACCACUUUGUUUUAUGAAUGCUGUAAAUUGUUUUUAUGAAUGAAAAAUAAAAAGUUUGUUGUAUACUA